AAUUAAACAAAGGAGCGUAUUCAAUUGUUCUUGUAGUAAACUGUGUAGUGUAAUAAGUGUUAAAAAUUCAUAUUUACAAUGCUACUAUAUUUACUCACUCUGACUUUUAUAUUUAUCACAAUAGGAACUCUUCUACUUAUUAAAAAUAAUCGAAAUUAUUGGACACAAAAAGGAUUAAUUCCUCAUAUCAAAUCAAUAUCAUUAUUUGGAAAUGUGUUUCCAGUUUUCGUUAGUCGAAGUAUGUCAAUGAUUGAAUUCAUUACUCAAGUGUAUAAAAAAUUUCCCGAUGCAAAAUACACAGGUAUACUACAAUUUCAAACUCCAGUAAUAGUUUUGCGUGAUCCCGAUUUAAUUAGAGAUAUUUGUAUAAGAAAUUUCGAUCAUUUUGAAGAUCAUGAAUCGUUUGUUUCUAAUGAUGUAGAUCCUCUACUUGCAAAAAAUCUAUUUUUUCUACGAGGUAAACGUUGGCGAGAAAUGCGUCAUUUUCUCUCACCAUCAUUUACAAGAAAUAAAAUGAAUUUCUUAUUUGAAUUAGUGUCAAAGUGUUCUGAAAAUUUUAUUAAAUACUUUUUGGACAAUUUGGAAGAGAUAAAUUCUGUUGAAAUGAAGGACAUUUUUACACGAUAUACAAAUGAUGUAAUAGCAACAGCUGCUUUUGGAAUCACAGUCAAUUCAUUAAAAGAUCGAAACAAUGAAUUUUAUUUAAAAGGAAAACAAGUCACUGAUUUUAGUAGUAUUCGUCGAGGUUUAAAAAUUUUUGCUUUACGAUUUUUUAAACCAAUUAUGAAAUUACUAAAUGAGUCUUUAUUGCCACGUUCAUGUAUUAAUUUUUUUCAGAAAAUUAUUCAAGAAACAGUGAAAAUAAGAGAUGAGAAAAAUAUUAUCCGUCCUGAUAUGAUACAUCUUUUAAUGGAAGCUAGCCGUAAUGAGAAAGGUGUUGAAGUAACAACUGAUGAUAUUGUUGCACAAAGUUUAAUAUUUUUCGCAGCUGGUUUCUCAACAAUAGCAACAGUUAUGAGUUUUGCAGUUCACGAACUUGCUGUUAAUUCUGAAAUACAAGAAAAGCUACGCCAAGAAGUUGACUACUUUACAAAACAGGAGGGGAAAAUUUCAUAUGACACUCUUUCUAAAAUGAAAUAUAUGGACAUGGUAAUUUCAGAAACACUAAGAAAAUAUCCAGCAAAUGCAAUUAUGAAUAGAAUGUGUGUGAAAAAGUACACUUUACCAAAAUCAACACCAGACAGCAACGAGUACACAAUAGAGCCAAAUUCUUUAAUAUGGUUACCCAUCUAUGCACUUCAUCAUGAUGAAAAUAAUUUUCCAAAUCCAGAAAAAUUCGAUCCUGAGAGAUUCAACGACGACAACAAGAAAAAUAUCAAUCCUCAUUCUUAUAUUCCAUUUGGUGUUGGACCAAGAAAAUGCAUUGGAAAUAGAUUUGCUUUAAUGGAGAUAAAAAUUUUGAUUGUCUAUUUGCUACAAAAUUUUGUUAUUGAAAGAGAAGAACGAACAAAACAUCCUAUAAUAUUUGAAAAAAGUUUUCUUGUUGUAGCUGACGGUGAAUUAUGGGUGAAAUUUCGAAAAAGAAACCAAGAUAUAAUAGAAUAAAUUUAUUUAUCUAAUGCUUUGAUUAAUUAAUUGUGUAUAAAUCUUAUUAAGUAAUUUUAAUGAAAGAAUAAAAAAUUUUAAUUGUACUUUGUAAAUAAAAAUAAUCACGAAAGAAAUAUUUGUCAGGGGUCAUC